UCCAACAUGCUACUAAAACCACUAAAACCAGCCAGCGACAAUUAAAGCCAGCCGCUAGAGAGGAUCGGGAGCAGGAACAGGAGCAGCAGAAGGAGGUGGAACUCUAGCCGCUCCAGCAGUACAAAACAAACACUGAGAGUAAAACAUCAUGGCCGGGCCGCAGGUGCAGCACAGCCAGCGACCGAAUAGCGCCUACUACACGGGUCUAAAUGGUGGCUCCGGUGGCGGCGGAGGAGGAGGAGGAGCUGGAGGCGGCGGCGGAGGUGGUGGAUCCUCGGCCGGAAUGUCAAGCAGUGCAUCGCACACCGGACUGCAUGCCCUGCGCCAGGUGAGCAACGAAACGGAGCUCAUCUACCGUGGAAGCCACAGCAAUGGCACCGUCAACGAGCUGCCCUCGAGCGCCCAGCAUCACCUGCUCACAGGUCGAGCGGUCCAGCAGCACCAGCACCAGCAGCAGCAGGUGCAUCACCAGACGGUGAGCAGCAUCGCUGGCACCGGAUCCAGUGUCACAGAUGCCCUCAUCAGCACCAUUAACUCCGGCGGUGGUGGUCCCUCCGGCAGCAGUUGCUCCACGGCGGCAUUGGGCAUUAAAAAGUCCAGCACGCAGCGCAGCAUCGAGAUCAUUGUGGACGCCAGUCAGUGCGGCAAGGAGCUGGUGGCCAGUGGUCCGGGAUCGGGUGCAGCGGGCUCGGGCGCAGCUAUUGUCUCCACCCUGGACGUGGAGGAUGUGGAGCAGGGCGGCGGCGGUCAGGAGUCCUCCUCCUCGCAUAGGAAAUCAUCGCGCCAUCGGCAUCGACCGCUCCACCGGCGGCUAAUCACCUAUCUGCGGAAUCUCUUCCAAGGCAGCACCACACAGAAUGAUUCGGAACUGGAGGAGUUCGAAACGCCGGCAAGGUACAGGCCCGACUCGCUAAGUGCGCUGAGCCGUGCCACACGCUUCACGGAAGACGAGAUCAAACGAAUUUACCGGGGAUUUAAGGCUGAGUGCCCGACGGGCGUCGUCAAGGAGGACACCUUCAAAGUGAUCUACUCGCAGUUCUUUCCACAGGGAGCCAAUCCAACCUUAUACGCCCACUAUGUAUUUAAUACACUGGAUCAGGAUCACAGCGGCAUUGUCAGCUUCGAGGACUUUGUUCAAGGACUUUCGAUACUGUCGCGCGGCUCCGUGGAGGAGAAGCUGCGCUGGACCUUCUCGCUGUACGACAUCAAUGGCGACGGCUUCAUUACGAGGGAGGAAAUGACUGACAUUGUAACUGCCAUAUACGAGCUGAUGGGCCGCCUGCCGGACGAGUGUCCCGAGGAGGAGAAGAUCAAGGGCAAGGUGGAGCAGAUCUUCCAGAAAAUGGAUACCAAUCGCGAUGGCGUGGUCACGCUGGAGGAGUUUCUGGAGGCCUGUCGCAAUGACGACGCCAUCUCCCGGUCGAUGUCCUACACGGUGCCCCGGCGGCGGCGACAUCAGCUGUCGGCACAGCAGCAGCAUCUGCAGCAUCAGAAGCAUCAGCAGCAGGAGCCAGAGAAACGUAAGUCCAACCACAAGACGAAGAACAAGCAACAGCAAAAACAGCAGCAACCACAUAGCACUAGACAUCAAAACUGUUGUCACAUAAUCGACAUGGAUGGCGAUAGCACCACCAGCACCACCACCGCCUCGGCGGCCACUGGAACAACACUCAAUUGCAAUGUCCUAUAUGAUUACGGAGCGGAGGAGGAGGAUGACAACGACCAGGACGAGGAUGAUGAGGACUCCGAUGAGGAGUACAGAUCCUUUGUCUGCCGCCACUGCCAAAGGUCGCAGUCGGUGGUGCAGCAGCCCAGAUCCAAUCGUCGAUCGCAAUCGCAGUCCAAGUCGCGCAAGCGCAGCAAGAGCAGGAAGCGCCACCAGAGCAAACAGGGUCACCAUCAGGGCCAGCAGGGCCAUCAGGGUCACCGCGGUCAGCAGCUGACCCGGUGGCCGGAAAUCAAUGUUGCCAACGAGCAGGCUAUUCGCUUCCGGUGUCCGCAGGUGGGGCCGCAGGUGGGUCGCGACCUCCACACACCCCAGCCCAUGCACUUCCAUCAUCCCCAGUCGCAGAGCCAGAAGGCCAAGAGCAAGUCCCGGCCGCGGAAGCACCGGGCAUGCCCACCUGCUCCGCUAUCGAAAGCUGGAGCAGCAGCAUCUGCAGCAGCACCUGGUCCACCUGCACCACCUGCGCCACCAGCAGAUCCGUCACAGCUACCGCCCUCCGAACUGCACCCCCUUGCACCCCUCAACGUGGUUGUGGGCGGGGACGAGGUCGAGGUCGAUCCGCAGCAGCCACAGCCGCCCACCACCCCCGACUCGCCGUCGCUGGUCACCGUGAGCACCUGGUACACGGUGGCCAAGCAGGGUGUCUCCUGCUAAUCGCGGUGAGCAGUGAGUAUCCUUGCCAGCACCACCCAACCAACCAAACAAGAAGCCACUUUGCACCCCAGUCAAAAUCCCCUUGAAAGGAUGGCACUGAUAUCUCUAGAUGCUUAAAAUCAUUUUUAAAUUAUGCAAGAAUGAAUAGACUAUCGGUAUUUAACCAUAGAAUUCAAUUUUGGACCCAAACGGAGACUUUGAAUUAUUUUAAGCCCCUAGAGAUCUGUGUGGCAUGCCCCAGUAAAACGCUUUCCCGUUUCGGUGUUUGAAUAUAUGUAUACAAUAUGUAUAUUUUGUGCUUAAAUAAAUUAUAUAUGUGUGUUUCAGGGUGGAUCUCUGAAAAGUCUAAAUCGGCAAUAACUAAGGUUUAUUAUUAUUCAAAAUAAUAUAUCGAUUGUCUUUAAUAAUUAAACUCAAAUUUAUCUUUAAUUCUUAAAGGGAUACAACAUAAAUUUAAGUUUUUUAACUGUUUGUUUACAAACUUACAAAAAAAUAGAAAAUUGUUAAAAAAAAGGAUACAAAAUUGUAAAUACAAAGCUAUAGAUAUUUUCUAAAAUAUAAUUGGAUGUUAAAGCUGAGAUCCGCCCGAUUGUGCAUUAUGUUUCCGAUUUAUCCUAUAAUUUGUACUGUAAUUAGCCAAAUGAAGUUUACAAGAAAUUUAAAACGUUCUCUGUGUGUAUCGAUUGAUGUUGCAAACUGUCAAAUGUGUUAUAGUCUUAAAUACGUAUAAAAAUCUAUAGAAAAUGUAAGUGAAAGUGAACCAAAAACGAAAAUAUAUGAAAAGCAUUCAAAUGUUUACUUUAUGUUCCCUUGAGUUCUAUCAUUUGUGCCCAGAAAAGUCUUCUUAGAAAUGUUGAUAGAUGUCCUAGAGUUACAUAAAUUGACGUUAGCUGUGAUGGAAAAACAAAGUAUAUUAAACCACAAAAAAAAAAACUUUAAUAUUAAUUGUAAAAAAAAAUGGAUGAUUCUAUCAAAACUUGUGGGAAAAAAUUGCUCAAACGAAAAUUGUUGCUAUAUAUGAAGCUUAGAGUGUGUGGGUGUGUUUUGAAUGUGUGUGUGUGCAUUGGGAGAGCUAGAGAGAAAAACUUUUUUGACAGAAUAAUUUUCAACAUUUGAAUGCCUCACUUGAAGGUUUUUUCUUGCAAUAGUUCCGACUAAAAGCGAAAAUUGAAAUGCUGUCGUUCCGUUAAUUAAAUUCUGUAAAAUACCCAGAAAUCAUAUUAAAUAAAAUCUAUAUGCAGAUUAAUGAACAGACCAAUUUCAGGCCAUCGCUUGGCUUUAACAAAAACGCUGUUGUCAUUCAAAUGCAAAUUGAAUAUUGAAUUGGUCUUUGGCGAAAAAUGAGUCAAAUAACCAAAUUGUUUUAAUUGAAAGCAGCUUUCUACUUUAUUGGAUAAAUGCAAAAGGCUGCCAGUUUGAAUUCCAUUCGAUUUGCAUUAUUUCACAUAGAAAUUCGUGUUCUUCAAACUGUUGUGAAGUUUGCUGAGCGUUAACUUUUUUGCUAACUGUUAUUGCUUGUCAUGCUUUUGUUGUUGUUUUCAUUAUGCCACAUUGGACACACCAAGGAGACACACGCACACUUGCACACAGACACACCAGAACACCAACACACCGACACCGCACACAUAUGCAAGGCAAAAUCAACGAGGAUGCAAACGCAUGGGAAUUGAAAUUCGUGUAUGGCAAUUAAAAUAUCUGCUUUCUUUCUCUCCCUUUCUCUCUCUCUUUCUCUCUCUCUCUCUUUUCUCUUUCUCUCUCUCUUUCUCUCUCAUUCUGGCCCGCACAUACAUAACUCACACACACUCUCUUAAAUAAACACACACACACACAUGUGCAGAAAUUUGCAUAGAAACUAAAUGAAAUGCGUAGCAAGAAAGACAACGCGAAUCUGCCAAAAUAAAAAUCUAGGUACCGCACGUCCAUUAAUAUGCAAUUAUGGAUGUGUUUGUGCAACUGUAAAAAUAAUGAAAGUGUGCGGAAAAAUUGGAGAGGCCAACGAAAACACGAUUUCAUCGGCAUAAUUGUCUGGGUCGCAUUUAAAGGGCUGCAAGCAGUGCAGUGCAGUUCUCAACUGUAAGUACAUUGUCGCACCGGAAGUGCCACUGCUUGCCUUCAGAAAACACAGAUAUAUGAAAAUUGACACUGUGUAAGUGCACGCAACUUACACGGAACCCAUUGAAAAUUGAAAAUGUACGAAACGAAAGCUUUACACAAUGAAACUAAAACUAAACCUAAAAACUUACUCUUAACGAUUUAAUGAAACAUAUAUAGAGAGAAAUUUAAACUACACAGAAACUAUAUUUAUACGAAAAGAAAAUAGCAAGAAGAAAAAUACUAAUUACAUUAAAUUGGAACCAGUUUGACUUUCUAUUUGAAAUAUAUGUAAACACACGACACACACACAUGCACAAGCAAAAGCCUGUGGGUAAAUAUAUGUGUAAAUCAAAAUAAUAGCCGCAAAUACAAAAGCCACGUGAAGGAGAAUCGAGAAUUGGAGAAAUGGAGAAAUGCUCCCCGAGGCGUAUGCGUAAUGUUGAGUGUAUUGUUUCUGCGCAUAUAUUCUCCAUUAGCAAAUUAGUGACAAUGAUGAAAUGUCAUCAAGUCGGCCGGCGAUAUGUACUAUAUACAUCUGGUGUGUGUGCCUGUUGUGUGUGCGAGUGUGCAAGCUAAAUCAAAUAAAAACAAAAGUUUGAAUCAGAAAUUGGACCACAGCAAACAAAGAAGUAGCAUAAAACGAUAUCCGCUGUAUAUGCAUAUUAUAUUUACAUAUACAUAUAUAUAUAUACAUAAAUAUAUAUGCACACAAAGCAUAUAUAUAUGUAUAGAUAUGUACCAGGCAUACAGUAUUUAACAAGUGCAUAGGUGUGUAAUUGUAAUUUUUUGUAGCUAGAACUAAGGGACACACAGAAAAUAAAUGGAGAACUAUUAGCUAAUAGAUAAUUGGAAAAUGGUUAAUUGGACAUCUUGUUGUACAUAGUUAGUGAGUGGUUUGUUUUCGCCGUUAAACCAACUACAAAUCUUUCUCUAUAUUAACUCUAAACUCAAAGUAAUUGUUGCAUUUUUAAACCCUUUAAAUACAUAGCUGUGUACUUAGCUGUAGUCUUCCAGAAGUAAUCGAACAAAAAAAAAUCGAACCGAGAUGCUGAUGAUAACUCUAUUCCACUUAGAUUGAACCUGUAGCAAAUUUGUACCUUAGCCGAAACACCCACAAAAAGCUUUCAAAAACAAUAAAACUCUCUUCUUAAUAGACGAAACAAAAACCGAAACCGAGUCCAAUAAAUAAAGCCCAUAUAUACAAAACUGUUGCUGUCGUAGUUGAAGAAGAACUGUAUUAUUUUUGGAUAAAUGUUAUCGAUUUUCUGCCCACUUUCAAGGUUAUUCAAUGUUAGAUCCUUCGAACUAUUGGUUUCCCACUGCAUAUAUGUAGUAUUUACAUAUGAUCGGUCUGAUCAAGGGCACGACAAUAUCGAAAAGGAGCCACAGAAGUACUAAACGACAUAUAUAAUACCCUCCCACCCCAGACUAACACACACACAUAGUACUCCCCUCUCUUUCUCUCUAACUAUCACUGUCUCCCUCUCUAUAUCUCUCUACUUGUCUGUGUGUGUGAAUUAGCAAUCAAAUACUAAUGCAAAAUCUUUUUCAAAAACUAAGUGUCAAAUUUUCAAGAAAACAUAAAAACAUAGAGAAAACCUCAAAGAAAAACUUGGCAAAUUGACAGAGACAAACAGAUAGAGAAAAGCAGAAAAGCAGAAAAAAUUGAUAAAUUGGAGGAUUGCCAACCUAGUUGCAAGUAUUUUCCAGGCCUAAGCCUUAACGAUUAGACAAAUGCAAAUAAUUGUAAACACAAAGAAAUAUAUGCAUAUGAAGUGUGUGUUUUUUCCUAAUUUAUAAGCUGUUGAAAUCAAAUUUUACCAAUGAAAGUAAGUAUUAAACAAGUAUUGACGCAGAGAAACUCUCGUUUUAGAGAAUCACUUGAAUUUUUCAGUUGUUAAUGUAAAAACUGUAUUAGCCAUUUAUUUGUGAGCGAUAUACUGUGUGUUAAAAACCAAAAAACUAACAAGAACUAAAACCAAAUACAAAGAGCAGAAAAUACAUGUCAUAGCAUAGGCCUAAGUGCGACAUUUAUUGGGGGACUCCAGAAGGCAAACGGAAGUACUAUAUAUACAUGCAUAUAUAUCAAAAACCGAAUUGUUAUCGGCCGAACGACGUUUUAAAGCCACUAAGAGAAUUUCCAGUGUUAUCAAUCGAUCGAUGUAUGUACGUCUUCUGGGCCAAAAUGCGAUUGAGCCACGUUAUAAACACAAUUACAAAUUGAUAAACUUACGAGUAUAUACACAAAUAUACUAAUGUACUAGUCGUAAAAAAUAGCUGAUCUUUUUUGGUGUAAAUUUUAAACGAUAAUACCAAGCGAACAAACUUUCCAUGCAAUAAAAAACAAAAAACAAAACACAUUGUUUCAAAACUACAAAGAAGUGUCGUUUAAAUGCAAAACUGCAUGAACCAAAAAGUAAUGAAAACGAAAAACCAAAAAAUAUGAGCAUGAAAACACUUAAUU